AAGUUCAGCAAGCGAAAGCCUGUUGACAGUCGCCCUUCGUUCAUCUCUCGAACAGUGUCGUCACUAUUUCAUUUCAGUUAACAGCCGACUAACUUUGAAAUUCAUGCGAAUAGUAAAUAAGGAAGGAUAAGUAAAAUAUGGGACAAACAGCUAAAUUUACUGCAGAUAAACACAUUUUGCUUCAGGAGAUAUGAAUAAACACGAUUGCUUUAAUCGGUGCUUUAUGUUUUCGAUUGAUUAACUCAAGAUACGAAUGCAGUACGAAUGGUACUUUGUCUAUGUACUGUGCUGGACAGAUAUAAAGUGAGCUAGGUAGUGUGAGAAAUGUCGGAACAUGGUGAAGGCGGUAGUGAUCAUGAGCUUGACCUGCCCUUGUCAGCUAACAUUUGUGAUGUCAGGGUGUCUCACUUUCUCCUCCAUCUCAAGUGUGAUGUGGAAUCUAGAAAGUUGUCAGGUGACAUCACACUAUUCUAUCAACAGGAAAGCUUUAAACAAGCCUGUAAACGUAGGACUGUAUUACAAACCGAUACUGAACUAAAGGCUGUGGAAACUAGCUGUGAAAGCCAUUCCCAACUUCUUCAGGCAAAAACUGACCCAAGCCCAUCAUCUGGACAUGAUCCUGCACCAAAUGAACUGUGUCAACAUGAGUGUGUUUGUAAAGAAACUGAAAAUUGCUCAAAGACUAUGAACAUACAUAAAGAUGAUUGUGUUGUUGAUCAGCCUUCAUCAAGCGUACACAGUAGAAGUACAUUAGCUCAGUGUUCAGAUCAGAAUGUUCUUCAACCUGUUUCUGCUUCAACUGAAACAGAAACUAAAAAUUCAUCACUAAAUAUUCCUAGUCCUAGCCAGGAUGCAGUCAAUAUGGUAUUAGAUGCUUAUAGCCUUGAUGUGACCUGUGCAGAGGAGCUGAUACUGUCACCUAAUCUGGAAAGAAAGCUGUUCUUCGCCAAACGAGGAGAUGUAGAAAGUGCAUCUGGUAUUUAUAUGCAGUGUUACAUGCAAUCCAAAACCAGACCGUUGCAAAUCAGUGUCAGUAAACAGAGCAUCCGACUAUGGGGCGGAGGAGGAGACAUGGAUGAAGAUUGUCAGUCUCGGACAGGGCCUGGUGAGAGCAGGCUUCACCAUCUGCAAGGAGAUGUCAUUAGUGAAGGUGAGCUACAGCCUACAGACAGUGAUGCUGACAUGAAGUGUGCUUCACUAGAGUCUGGUGGAGAUGGAGGGGCACCAGGGGAUCUAGUUUGCAAAAGAACAUGGGGAGGAAACAAAGUGAAUGCUGGACAUCAUGUAUGUGACGGGGGUCAAAUAUACACAAACAACGGAGUGACAAGAGUCGUGAGGAUACACUACAGUACAGAAGGAGGGCCAUCACUGAAGUGGUCUCUGGAUCAAGAUGGAAGGGAGUGUAUGUUCACUGUUGGUCACUGGCUGAACAACCGCUCCUGGUUCCCCAGUCAGGACGCCCCGACUGCCAUGUCCACCUGGCAAGCUUGUGUCACAGUCAAGGAGGGACUGACUGUGCUGAUGACUGGAGACAAGUCCUGUACACCAUCAGUAUCCCAGGGUUGGAAGACCUACUAUUAUUACAGUACAAUGCCAAUGCCCACCUCCACUCUAGCGAUAGCUGUUGGGACUUGGACACAGGUGGAUGUCGUACUGGAGCAAGAUGUGCAAAAGUCAAGUCAGUCAGCAUGUACCAGCCAUGGCCCAACAUGUCCUGUUAACUAUGCUGUGGGACCGGAAGUGCCAUGCCGUGUGUUUGUCUCUGAGUGCAUGGUGCCCUUAGUUCAGCAGGAGCUGGCAGUAUAUGUCCCUCGGUGCCUGAGAGAAGUGUAUGCCAUUCUUGGUCCCCACCCCUUCCAGAGGCUCGACAUCCUCGUUGUCCCGUGUUGCUUUGACAGUCUAGGCAUGGCGAGUCCCAGCCUGUUGGUGCUGUCCCAGUCUGUACUGGUGGGAGACAACUCCAUGUGUUUCCGGGUGGCCCAUGAGAUCUGCCACUCAUGGUUCGGGCUUCUGAUUGGGCCACAAGAUUGGACGGAGGAGUGGCUGACAGAGGGCUUCUGUACAUACCUAGAGGAUAUCAUUCAUGCCAGGGUGUGCCAGUGGGGUGAAGCUGAGAUACGGAAUCGACUGGAGCUACGAGUGUUGCUGAAGCAGAAGACUCUUUUGGCAGAGGUUGAGAACACAGAACAGGACCUCCAGAUGCUCAGGCCAAACAAAGGGGAGCAACUCCUAGCAGCCACUGAGGAGGUUCAGUAUGUGAAGAACGGGAUGAACCCAGACAAGGCCUUCAUGCAAGUGCAUUACCUCAAGGGUUUCUUUUUGUUGCGUCACCUACAGAACAAAGUUGGACUGACAGAGUUCCUGAUCUUUCUCCGCCAUUAUGUGGAUCAGUUCCAUGCCAAGCUUGUUACCUCAAAGGACUUCUUCCAGUUCUUCUUCAAGGAAUUCCCCGAGCUGAGGACUGAGGGUCUGAGUGAACAGCAGCUGACCGCAGAGUGGCUGGACUGUCCACACCUCCCCCAGGAUGUAUCUGAGUAUUGCCCCAGCCAAGAAAACAUUCUAUACAGAGCUGUGAAGACACAGGUUGCUCUGGUGGAGUCUCACUGUCAGGGGAUGGCACACUGCCACAGGAAGAAGAAGCAGAAAGUAUCUCCCACAGAACUUACUCUGCAGAAGCUUGACCCUGACCAGCUUGUGCUGUUUCUUGAGAACCUUCUGCAGCUCAACCUCAUAUCAGGAAAUGUCCUUGACCUUGUACAUAGGAUAUACCUACUGUCAUCAGCUAAUCCAGAUGUCCGGCACCGAUGGUGUGAGCUGGUCAUCAAACACAGACAUGCAUCUGGAUUUGGAGAUGUCAAAACAUUCCUUCUGAAUGAUCAGGCCAUGGGUGUAUAUUUGUAUGGGGAAAUGAUGUUGUCCAAAUGCAAGAAGCUGAAGGAACUGGCUUACCAUUGUUUUAAUCUGGUCAGACAAGACAUGCCUGAAGGAGCUCACAAGACUGUUCAUGCUAUGCUGUAUGGUACUUGAAGAAUAAAUAAUCAGAGAUUUGGAGUGAUGUCA